CCUUAGGACGAAGAUAUACUGUCGGCUCCUUUUGCGGCAAUUAUGGAGGGAAUUACAGCAUCUGCGCAGCCUGCCCAGAGGCAGGUGCGCUUGCAGCUAACGACCAGAGACGCUGAAUUUGCGUUGCCGGAAAAUACUGGAUCUAUUCUUGUGCCCACAGGUUUGCGAAGAUAUGCGCUCUCGACCCUUGUGAAUAACCUGCUGAGUAACGAGAAACCCGUUCCUUUCGAAUUCUUGGUCAACGGGACGUAUCUUCGCACAUCGAUCGACGAAUACCUAACUGCGAACGGCAUCUCUGCUGAAACCACUCUUGAAGUCGAGUAUGUGCGGGCACUGGUGCCUCCGCUCCAUGUCGCAUCCUUUUUACACGAUGACUGGGUCAGCUCCGUUGAUGUGCUUUCUACGACUGCCCCGGCCGCAUCCUGGACGUCUUCUGCUCAGGUUUCGCAAGGACAAGAAAGGAUUCUUUCUGGAAGCUACGAUGGUCUCCUACGGAUAUGGAAUAUGUCGUCUCAGACAAUCGCGGUCUCUCCCUCCGUUGCUGAUGGCGGUCACUCAGCGUCCGUCAAGGCGGCAAAAUUCGUGUCGCCAACUCAGAUCGCAUCCGCAGGCUUGGAUCGGACGGUGAAAUUGUGGAAGUAUGCCGAAGAAGAUGGAUUUUCUGGAAAGAUUUCUCCACAACUAGAUCUAUAUGGGCAUAGAUCAGGUAUCAACUCGUUGGCGGUGCAUGGCCCCUCGAACCGCAUUCUGUCUGCUUCCUCGGACCACACCGUUGGAUUCUGGUCGACGAAGAAGUCGGACGCACCAGCUGCUCCGGAGAACCUGUUGCCGUCUAACGCUGCUCGAAGCUCAAAGCGCCGGAAGUUGAACUCUUCUGUGACAACCCCACAGCGCGGACCGCUUUCCUUGAUGUCUGGUCACACUGGACCAGUAUCGGCUGCUAUCUUCGACGCAAAAGACUCGACUGUCGGAUACUCUGCAUCAUGGGAUCACUCAUUGCGUACAUGGGAUCUGGUUACCUCUGCACUGGUAGAUACGCGCUCGACGUCCCAUUCCCUUUUGUCACUCGAGCAUCUCCCUGACCUUCAUCUUCUCGCGGCUGGAACGUCUGCCCGCCACAUCACUCUUAUCGAUCCUCGUGUAUCUGCCACAACAAUCUCAGCUAUGACGCUACGAGGGCACACCAAUGCCGUUGUAUCUCUCCAUCGCGACCCUCACAGCACGUACGGCCUUAUCAGUGGUAGUCAUGACGGUACAUGUCGCAUCUGGGAUAUUCGAUCUACCAAGACGGAGAAGGAUGGCGUUGUUGGCGAGAGCAUUUAUACUAUUUCGCGAAAGAGCUUGGAAGAGGAAGGAAAGGCCGAUUCCAAGCGUGUCGGAGGCGAGGGUGUCAAGGUGUUCAGCGUUUGCUGGGACAAGACAGUAGGCAUCGUCAGUGCCGGAGAAGACAAGAGAAUCCAGAUCAACCGCGGGGAGGGCGUGCUCUCCUCGAAUGGUAGCACUGGGAAAUGAGAAUAGAGCAGAGAGGCGUUGGGAAUGAGAAAAGAAAAGUGCAUCUAGUUUGUCUUCGUGUGUACAUUGGAUUGGUGUCAUAGAACUUCGUUUGUUUCAUGGUCUACAUGCUGUAGUUAAUGUAUCUAUUGAUACUGAUGACGCAAGAUUUGAUUGAGAAA